GAGGGUCCUCUCAGAGCGCCUGAGGGGGCCCCGCGGUGCGGGGGUUCGCGGCACCGGCGCCGCCGCUCCCGGGGGCCGUGGGGGCUCCAGGGUGACGCCGGUGGGAGAGGGCACCGCUCCCUCGCUCCCUCCCCCGGCCGAGGCUGAGGGGGAGACGGGCGGCCCGAGGCUUCCAGCCGGUGGUGCAGGAGCUGGAGGUGGGAUGGAGGUAGUGGCGUAAGGACCCCACGCCUGCACCGCCACAAUUAGGGAGGAAAGAGGCUGGAAUCGCUGGUGGUGCGCGCCUGUGGCUGCUCCCCAUGGCAGCUGCGGACCCCCAGGUUCUGGCCUUGGCUGCUCAGGUCACUGAGAGCGGGGAACAGGACAUCCCCCUGCUGCUGCUGAAGUUAAAGGGAGUUUUAAGUAGCCCUUCCUUGGGAUGUGAAGAAUCAAAAAAAAUUAAGCAAGAUAUAUAUGAUUAUGGUCUUACUCAGUACUGCUUGCUGGUCCUUAGGCAAGACCACUCUCGACUGCGGGGAGGCUGGGCCACUGCUGCCCAGCUAGCAGAGAUACUAAGUCAUUGUUGUGUAGGACUAGAGAUGAAAGAAGAUCCUGAGGAAUUUUACGAGAAGUUUCUUCCUUCAGCCAUAGACAACCUGCUGGUCUUGGGAAAACGCUUGCAGGCGAGAUUUAUCCGAGCAAUCAAGGAUAAAGAAAAACAAGAUUUUUUACACUGGUUCCAAACAGUAACCAAUGCCAUCUGCUGGCUGUUCCAUGGGCAUAUUCAACUAGCAGCAUGUGUACUGCAAAAUGAUUGCUUCCUGCAGUUGUUAAUAACAGAUGAUGUUGAAACAGCAAUUAUAAUGAUGUCUGUUUUACACAAUAUUUUGAGGAUCAAUAGUUCUGUCUUCCUUCAAGUUGAUAAAGCGACCCUUCACUCUAUUUUGGAUGAACUUGUUUAUAAGCUUUCAUCUACCACCAAUCCUGCUGUUGGAAGUGCUGCCACAAAACUGCUGUUGGUGGUGGCAAAACUGAGCAAACAGCUCGUGCGGUUACUCACAGCUCGCUACAAAGGAUUAAAAGGGCUUUUAAAUAAACAGUGGACUGGCAAAGGAUUUGACAGGGAGCUCAAUCAGCUCUUGGACAUGCUAUAUUUGGAACAAUCCAGUGGAAAAGGAGAAAUGCAGACUGUUUUAUUUCAGAAGCAGCAUCAAGCAGCAUGUAUAAUCCAGGCUACGUGGAGAGGAUUUCAGACAAGGAGAAGGCUGAAAAAGCUACCCCAAGCAGUGACCACAUUACAGAGAAGCUUCAGAGCUAAACGGGAACAGGAGCUGCAACACUUAGCAAAACAGAAGGAAGAUGAGGCUCUAAAACUGCAAAUGCAACUUCAGAGACAGAGAGCCAUGAGACUCUUCCAUGAACGACAGCUGGCCUUACUGGAAAGAGUCCAUGCCAGUCAGGUAAAUAAAUACAUGGAGGAAAUGGAGGAUAAAUCAGCAUUAACUAUCCAGAGAUUCUGGCGAGGGUAUAGAGCAAGAAGAAUUUUUCAUCAACAGAAACAAUCUCUUAAGGAGUAUAAAGCAGCUGUCAUUAUUCAGAGAACAGCUUGUAAAUUCUUGGAAAAACGAAGAAGGAGGAGACCUCUCUCUCCUUGGAAAGAACCCAAGGGACUGACUGAUGAGCAGAGACUAGCUUUGCAGCAGAAGGUGGAUGACUACAUCAAAUUGCAUCCGGCUUCCCAAAUGUCAGAAGAAAUGAGUAAAGAAUUACAUAUGCGGGCUCAGGAAAAGCUGGCACAGUUCCUGUUGAGGAGCAGGCUGGAUCAGAGAGCAGCACAGAGGAGAGAGACAUUACUGGCUCAGGUCAACACUGAUGUGGAGCUGCUAAUGAAUGCUCCAGGGUUAGCAGAGACCACAGAAAAAGACAUUGGUGUCUUUGUGAGUCGAUCAGUCCCUGUAGCUACCAAGGCAAGACAAUCCCACAACACUAUGCUGAAAUACACUCGCUGGCCAUGGUGGAAAAAGCUUGGAGAUGAGUUUAUGGAGGAUGAUGUAAUUCCUGACGAGGCCCUAAAUACAGAACUGGAAACUCUCUUUAUUGGUGGAAGAAAAUCUUUAUAGUAAAGCUAUACAGGAGUGUUAUUGCUACAGCUUCAGCAGCAGCAGACAAUCUGGAAAACAAAAUCCUCUGGUGGAUAUGGAUAAAAUGGAAGGGACAGUGACUGUUCUUCUGCCAAAGGUGCCACCAAAGUCAUGGAGCUGGAAGAAGGCAGCAAAGGAACAAAACAAACAAAGAAUUACUCAGCCCUUUCAGAGAGAGAGACAAGGUGGUAUCCUCUGCUGGCUCCUGAAAUUGAGGAAAAUUCCUGUUUAUGCAGACAGAGGUUUUUUUCAGCUGUAGCUGUAACUGGACUCUGCAAACAACAGGAUGCUCAUCUCCAGCAGAGACACAGGCAUGCGCUCAAGACUGUGCUGCUGAGUCCAAGGGCGUCUCCUGGCCUUUCAGACUGGCUGUAAUAGGAGCUCUGAGCUGAGGACAGGAGAUAACCCUGAUGCUAUUUCACCCCUUGCCUCUGAGCCUUCUACGGCCGAUUUCCAUGCGAGCAGAAUCCGGUACAAACAUCUGCUCUCCACUGCAGAGUAUCACGUAUAUCGAGUAUAGGAAGGAACAAAAGCUUUCUCCAAGUAGCGGAAUCAGGGCUAUUUAUAAAUUAUCCUUCAUCAUAAAAGGAGGCAGCCCUUUGCAGGGGGAGCUGCAAAGACUAUUGCAAAACAGGCCUCCAAG